GUGCCGGGCCUCAGGGUGGAGGGGGUAUGAGUCAUGGCUCGGAUCUGUCUGCCCCCCCGACCCUCGCACCCCCCUGAGUAAUGAAGACCCUCGCCUCCUUCCUACUCCUCACCCUGUCUGUGCUCAGCGGAACAGAGCGUGUGUCUCAGAAGUCUUGGAAGGACACAGUGGAGGAAUGGAACAAAUACAGGAACGAGUGUCUGCUACACCAGAGCACAGAGCCCACGCCUUCAGGCGUCUUCUGUGGUCGUAUGUUUGACAUGUACGCCUGCUGGGGAGAUGGAGAGCCCAACUCCACCGCCAGAGUGCCCUGUCCCUGGUACCUGCCCUGGUAUGACACAGUCCACCAUGGCUACGUGUUGCGGGAGUGUGGACCGAACGGCCAGUGGGCGACCAACAUGACGAGCCCAACAUGGAGAGACCACUCCCAGUGCGAGUACGACAGCAAGCAGCAGGGGGAGAAGGAGUACCAGAUGGCGGUCCUGGCCUACUUCAGAAUCAUGUACACAGUGGGCUACACUCUGUCUCUGGCCAGCCUCUCUUUGGCCCUCAUCAUCCUGAAUGCCUUCAGGAAGCUGCGAUGCACCAGGAACUACAUCCACAGCAACCUGUUUGCCUCAUUCAUCCUGCGAGCCGUGUCCAUCCUGACCCGGGACGCACUGCUGACCAGAGACACACCAGAGUUCAAGAACAACAGGGACGUGUCAGAGGUGCUGAGUGACCAGGCGGUGUCGGGCUGCCGGGUGGCCCAGGUGCUGAUGCAGUACUGUGUGGGGGCCAACUACUACUGGCUGCUGGUGGAGGGACUGUACCUGCACAACCUGCUGGUGCUCAGGGUGUUCUCUGAGAACAGCUACUUCUGUGGGUACCUGCUCAUCGGCUGGGGGACCCCUGUGUUAUUCGUGGUCCCAUGGAUAAUCGUUCGCUACUUGUAUGAAAACACCAGGUGCUGGGAGAUCAAUGAGAACAUGGCCUACUGGUGGAUCAUACGCACACCCAUCCUACUGGCCAUUCUGGUCAACUUUUUCAUUUUUAUCCGGAUCAUCCAGAUCCUGGUGUCUAAACUCAAGGCUCACCAGAUGAGAUACACAGAUUACAAGUUCAGGUUGGCCAAGUCCACCCUGACACUGAUCCCUCUGUUGGGGAUCCAUGAGGUGGUGUUUGCUGUGAUGUCAGAGGAACAGACGGAGGGAGUCCUCCGAAAUGUCAACCUCUUCUUCGAACUGUUCUUCAACUCCUUCCAGGGUCUCCUGGUAGCCAUCCUCUACUGUUUUGUCAACAAAGAGGUUCAGUCGGAGAUAAAGAAGAAGUGGCAGAGGUGGAAGCUGGGCAUGACCGUGCUGGACGACCAGCGAAACACUGGCAGCCAAACCCCACAGGUGGGUGCCAACGCACCUCUGUGCCAACACGACCCCCCCUGCCAGCCUGACUGCCAGGCGUCGGAGGGCCCUGACCCCCACCCUCCUCCCCUCUACCACCACCACCCCGGAGCCAGGAAGGGGAAGGCCUACUGCUACAUAUCUGCCCGCAAGCAAGUGCUCAACGGGCUGGAUGGACCACCACAGGGCAACACAGGAGAGGGAGCGGUCAAGUACUCAGAGAGCUACUGUUGAUACCGAGACAUGUGGACUGGAGAGGGGAAACUAAGGGCAAAUGGAUAGCUAGCUGUAGCUUUUCCAGUGGGUGGAAUAAAACUUAUAUCCAGAGGACUACUGAGGAGAGGAUCAUGAAGGAUCAAGACCUACUGAGGAUGAAGGAUCAUAGUUGCCCUGUUAGCAGUUAGCAUCACCUGGAAUAGGAGAAUCAACUGCCUCUUAUACUGAGGUAUUGGAACUGCAAAAGGGGAACUGUACCUUCUUCAUGUCUCCACAUACAAAAGGCCUCUGGAUGGACUUGUGUAUAGAUUUAUGGGAUGUCAUCAUGAGAUCUUGGUGCUGGUCAGCAAUGUUGUAAAGGGUUCUGUAGAGCCGUGGUUCUCAAAUUGUGGGGUGCGACCCUCAGAAGGGGGUGUCCAGUGGAGGCAUGAGGGGGGAUGGAGAAGGACAGUGUAUUGUGGAGUGUUUUGAGGCUGUAAAUAGAAAGAAAGAGGAUACAAUUAUAAUUGGGGGGGAUGUUUUUGAGGGGUGCAGGGCUGCCAACUUUUCAAAAAAACUUGGAGUGAGAAUUGGUUGGGCCAACCAAAACUUUGCAUUUCACGCGUUUGCACCCCCCACCCCCCCACCCCACCCUACCGAGACAAGCUUUCACGGAUGUUUGCGCGUCUAUGUUGCUUCACUCUGUGUGCCUGUGCCUCGUCCAUUACUGUUUACAACGUCAGCAGGAUUACUUGGUUGGCGUUGCCUUCUCAGCGUGAGAAAUAAAAGGUGUGGCAUGAGAGCGUGUGAACUGGUUGAAAUGCAUGUGUCUCACGGCCAAUGCGUGACAGUUGGAAGCCCUGGGGGUGGUAGAUGGACUGAAUGAAACGGUUUGAGAACCACUGCUGCGAGUGGCUGCUGUUUGAGCCUGGAUUUGAACCUGGGUCUGGGCCUGAGCCCGUGUCUGGGUCCAAGUCUCAUUCUGGUUCUGGGCCGUUGUCUGGUUCUGAGUUUGUCUGGAUGACUGAAGACGCUAACUGGUCACCAUGGCACCUGACAUCCUCCAUCUACUCUGGCACACACUUUUUUAUGUUGAUUUUUUUUCUACCUCUGUUUUGACUUUUGGAAAAAAUUAAAAAAUGUUUUCUGUAAUGUGCCAACUGUAGUGACGAUUGUGUGCAAUGAACAACAAAUGAAUAAAUAUCAUAAUUAUGUGUU